AUGGGGUCUAUAGAUGUUGAUAGCCCGACAACAUGGGUGCCUUAUAUGAACAAUCAAGAUUGUUCACAAAAGAUUUGCAACUUAUACUGUCCCCAGUGGUGUAACUAUGUCGUCCUCCCUUCUCCUCCACCGCCUGUAGGGUUUUCUGACAAUGAUACGGAUGGUGCCAACCUCUCGCCUCUUGUGAUCGUAAUAAUUGGUGUUUUUGGGAGUGUGUGCCUUUUGAUUAGUUACUAUGUUAUAAUCUCCCGACUUUGUAUUGUAAACAAUGAUUCAUCUGAACCUUUGAGAAGGAGAGGUGUUCAGAAUCAAGAAACCCUGGAGUUGGAAAUGGUUGAGGAUGAUUAUAACAUUGAAGACCAUUUCAAUAUUGGUCCUUGGCAUGAUCCCGACAAGGGUUUGGAUGAUGGUAUGAUCAAUUCGAUUAAGGUUUGCAAAUACAAGAAAGGAGAUGGAUUGGUUUCGUGCACUGAUUGUCCGGUUUGUUUAGGAGAAUUUCAAGAAGACGAGAAUCUUAGACUUUUGCCCAAAUGCAGCCAUGCUUUUCAUGUUUAUUGCAUCGAUACUUGGCUUACAAAUCAUUCGAAUUGUCCAUUAUGUCGAGCUAAUGUAAGUUGUGUCGAUAGUGCCAUAUCAUAUGUUUUAUCUCCUCCUCCUCCCCCUCCACCACCACCACCGCCGCCACCGCCACUAUCACUCCCACCACCACCACCACCACCUCCGCCGCCUCCACCCCCCCCUCCACCUCCACCUCAACCUCAACCUCAACCUGAGGUGAUUGUCUCAAGGAGGGUUCAAAGGGAUGUAGCAGAAGGAGAUGCUGUAAUUGAGAUAAGAGAAGAGGAUGAUCAAAGGGAAGUAAGAAGAUCAGUAUCUAUGGGUUAUUUGUACCAAACCCGAAUAACAAUGGCUGACAUUUUGUUCUUUAAUCAACAAGAUGAAAUGGAAUUGGAAAUAUGCCAAUUUGGAGAAGGUGCUGGAUCAUCAAAACAUGUUUUGAAACCAGAACAAUGUAGAUUUGGAUACGAUGAUGGAUCAUCAAAACGACUGUUGAAUGAAAAUAGCAUAUAUUUGAAUUGUGGUGAUGUUAAUCAUGAUAAGAUGAAAAGAUCUUUUUCUAGUGGGAGGCACUUAUUUAUUAGAGGAUGGAAAGGGAAGACCUUAAGAGUUUCAGGUUUGCCUACGUAG